AUGGAUCAGGGGCCCAAGAGUCCUGCGUUGCGGCUGGGGAGAGCAGGACAUGGUGGCGUGAACCAGCUCGGAGGUGUGUUUGUAAACGGCAGGCCCCUCCCAGAUGUUGUGCGACAGCGAAUAGUAGAACUCGCCCACCAAGGGGUUCGGCCCUGCGACAUCUCACGGCAGCUGCGAGUCAGCCAUGGAUGUGUCAGCAAGAUACUGGGCAGGUACUAUGAAACGGGCAGUAUCCGCCCCGGGGUAAUCGGGGGAUCCAAACCAAAGGUUGCUACUCCCAAAGUGGUCGACAAGAUCGCCGAUUACAAACGCCAAAACCCCACCAUGUUUGCCUGGGAGAUCCGGGACAGGCUCCUCGCCGAGAGAGUGUGUGACAACGACAGCGUCCCCAGUGUCAGCUCCAUCAACAGGAUCAUUCGGACAAAGGUUCAGCAGCCGGGCCAAACGGGCUCAGUGUCGGCUCACAACUUAGCGACGUCGGUGGCUGCCACACAAGUUUCAGCCGUGACCAGUGACUCGGCCGGUUCGUCAUACUCCAUCAGCGGCAUUCUGGGUAUCAGCUCGGCUGCUGACGUGGGCAAGAGGAAGAGGGACGACGGUUUGCAGGAGUCGCCACUGGCCAACGGGCAUGGCCACAGUGGGCGGGACUUCCUCAGGAAGCAGAUGAGAGGGGAACUGUUCUCGCCGCAGCAGAUCGAGGUAUUGGACCGUCUGUUUGACAGACAGCCAUCCUGUCCAAUCCAAUCCAGCUCUGACCUCUAUGUGAGCCCUGACUCUGGCAAGACGUCAGACUACUCAGCCAUGGCCUCACUAGCUGGUGGACUGGAUGAGAUGAAGAACAGUUUGGCCAAUCCUGGUUCAGGGGCAGAGUUAGGAGCUAGCGUGUCCGGUCCACAGUCCUAUUCACUUGUUCCAGGUCGAGACCUAGCCAGCACCACUCUGCCAGGCUACCCUCCACAUGUUCCCCCCACUGGACAGGGCAGCUACUCCACCCCCUCCCUCACUGGCAUGGUACCUGGGGGAGAUUUUUCCGGAAGUCCUUAUUCCCAUCCCCAGUAUUCCACGUACAACGAAUCGUGGAGAUUUCCUAACCCCAGUUUAUUAGUGUUUCAGCAGGAUUAUGGGUCUCUCCUGGGAACGGAAAUCGGCUGCUCCUCCAGUCUCUUCACCAGCCAGGCAGGACAGAUGCAAGGGUCACCGUACUACUAUGGUGCAACAUCACGGGGGGCAGGCCCUGCUGCCACUGCAACAGCCUCUGCCUAUGACCGCCACUGACCACUCCUACUGAGAGAAGAAGGGGAGGAUGAGGAGAAGGAGACAAGGGAGGAAGGGAGGGAUGGAUAGCACCAGCAACACUUAGUACAAACCUGCCUACGUAAGAGCAAAAAUGAGGAUGAAGAUUUCAUUUGUUUUGAAGUCUGUUAAGUUUGUAUUUUCUUUGUAUGACGCUUACACCAACACUGACAGAUUGUUUGGGUGUUACAUAUAUGCUAGGAAAUGAGCAUGGAAGUGACAAAUGAGAAAUAGAAUCAGGAGGUUGAAGUGAGUAAAUGUGGACGCUCUCAUCAUACAACAAGGCAUGGCAUCUCUAACUUGUACCAAUCAUUUACAAAUCCAAAAAAUCAUCAGUGGUGGCUGAAACUGUAUUGUGAUCUUCUGGGUAAUAUGUCGUUUUCUGUCAUUUAUGAUGCAAUUAUUUAAGCUGAUUUGAAGAAAAUCUCUUUUAAAUAGUCUCUUAAUGUCCCUGCAUAAAUCAAGGUUAUAUGCCAUGCUAAGGUGAAGUAAAGACAAUCCAAUUUCAAACUUUAAAUGACCAAAAUCAACCAUUACAUAAUCAUUUUAGUCUUCUUAUUCAACAACUUUUCCCUGAGAUCACAAUGCUUUACAUAAAGGAUAACCUUUACACCUUUUAUAAACAUUAUUUUAUUCCUUUUUAAUGGCAGUGUUCAGUUUCACAACAACCCUGCUAAGCCUCCUCUAAAUGUCUAUAGGCCUGUCAAGCUUUCUGUUCUCUCUCUUCACCACAGUGAUUACUGUGGCAGAUUUACAAUCAAAAAAUGUAAGAUGCUUGAAACAGUUUUUUCUUAAUUUCAAAAGAAAAAAGACAGCUUUUCACAACUAGAACAAACUAUAAUGCUGACUGAAGUGAUAUGCGCCCCUCCGGGUAAUGAUAUCACUUUCAGUUAGCAGGCAAGUUCGGCUUACCCGGCUUAGAUACUUGUUUACAUUAUCAAAGGGCCUGUUUGCAUUUGCACUGUUAAAAAAGAAGAGGAGAAUUAUGACUCACCUUAAGUGUUAGGGCCUAUGUCCACUUACAGCAUUUUUUGAGCUGGCAGGUUUUUUUUAUACAAAACCAUGAAAACUCAGCAUUUUUAGUAAUUAGCAUCCGUAGCACAAAAACACCCACAGUGCCAGCUGUUUUUUUUUUUUUUUGCUGUGCUCACAGCGCUCUCAGAUGAAAUUGUUUUAAUUUUUGGGACACUGCCAUGCUCGUCAGUGUCACUUCUUUGUCACUACCAAUCAAAAUCAACUUUGGCAGAGGUACAUUCAGAGGAGAAACUAACCACACUGGAUUUUUUGUUCGAGGGGCAAGUUCAGUUCUAGGGCUGCUGCUAAUGCUGAGACACAUUGUAUUUGCAUUUACUUUGUACAGCUCUAAAAUCCCAUUGAAUAAGAGCAAAUAUAAAGCAUAUUGAACAAUUAAAUACUGACUUAACAGUCAAUACUAAGGGAACGGCCAACUUUGUUACCUAGCAACAGUUAAGCCUGGUUUAUACUUCUGCCGUAGUCACACAGUGGUGGCCUCUGAAUCAGUCAGAGGCAGGCAGAGGACGUGGAAUACUGCGGCGUCACCAGAAACAUUGUAAAUGCAGAAACUACAAUGCUACCCAGUGGACCAAUCACAGUGCUUGCAGUCUGCGUUGUUUCAAUGUGUAGUUACAUCGGCUGAAAUUCUUUCGAGAUUAGCAUGACUUUUGUGGACAUGCUAACAUUUGCAGUUGACCUUUAGUUGAAUAAGCUGCAUACACUAAGAACAUGCGCUGCUACAUUGAGGUUUAACCACAACAUUCCUUCACAUUAUUCCCAUACAUUGGGUUUAUAGUACCCUAAUCUCUUAAUUAUAGAAUCUGUAGCCUGUUGCCUACUUGAUACUUGAGACUUGACAGUGAGUGAUGGGCACACCAUUAUCUUAAAGACAGCUGCAGAGUAAAUCUAGCCCUUUUUUCAAUCUUUACCAGUUUUGCUCUUCUGAUUUUAAGAAGACUGAAAGAUAAGUCUGGCUCUCUAAUUUUUUUGACCAUAGAGCAUUAUUCUUACUAGAGCUCCAUGAAGGAAAAGCUUGGCAGGCUUUACGUGCAUAUGGCUGUUGGGCUGUUUUUGUAGGAGGUUUUUAGCAAACAGAAAAUUUCAGUGGUUAAAUUCAAAUCCCAAUAUAUCUUCCUAAUUAAUGAAACUGUUUCCUAAUACCCACCUUUGCAUAAUGAGUGGUUUGAAAGACAAUGACUGAUAAGACAUGCCUUUCGGUGAAGCACAGCCUUCAAUCUGAGCCCCCUGCUGUAAGAUGAAGUGUCCAUGUUCACAUUAGACCAAAAUCAAACCCAACAGGUGACACAGAGUGUUUUCUGUACAUGAAGGUGCUAUCCUCCCUUCCGAGCCAAGAUCAAGUCCUGAUCAAGAGCUAUUUAUAGUGGAGGAGACAGAGUAAUAUAUUAAGAAGCUUUUCUGCGCUGCACUCUGGUGUGAGAGUGAAUGCCUGUAAUGAUUUAUAAUAUGUGUCACGCUGUUGUGCUAGAGUAGUGAUGAUGAUGACGAUGCAGUGAAAAAUGAAAUCUUAAAAACUGUCAAUAUGAAAAGACGUCUUUGUUUAUGAAUAUGACCUGACUGCGAUUUUUUCCUAUUUAUAGUUUGUUGCCUUGUAUCAGUCGACACAGGUGCCAUUGAAUAAGACGCCAUUUUUACCUGCUUCCUGUUAUAAAAAAAAGACAAAUCAGGAAACAGUGGCACCCUCUCUUUUCUCACUCUCUCUCACUCUCUUUCUAUUUCUCUCUUUAAACUCCCCAAAGAUGGGCCCCCCUAGUGGAUCGGCUAACUUACUACAAAAGCACAAAGAGACUCAAUCAUCAUUUAAAGGCGCCAUUUUACUUUUUUGACUCCUUUUCAGAGCCAUUAAGAACGUUAUUUCCUUCUUCCUCUCCCCCUUUGAGUGCUUGUCCUUGUGCUGUUUGACAUCCUGAAACAAUUUCUACAAAAGCAUUGCUUUUGUGAAAGCAAAACAAGUCAAACUGUAUUAUUUUUUCUGUUUGUUCCCUGCAUUUGUUCUGCGCUGUGACAAUGUAUGACACCAGGGUCGAGGCCUUACCCAUCAUGUACAGACAGCGUAGGAUAGAUUUGCCCUUGAACACUGAUCUGCCAUCAGUGUGUUAUCCCUCUCAAAUGGUUUCUGGGGCCCACAGUGUUGAUCAUGUGAGGGGGCAAUAUCUUCCUACACUGUACAUAGCUUCCUGUCUCACUUCUGUCCAUACAAGAUUUGUACAAUAAUCAGUGAACGAGAAGAGAAUUCACUUGUUGAUAGAAAUUUUAAUUACUAAAUUUAGAAUUUAGUGAUGAAGCUUUCUUUACAAUAAAAAGACUAAGAGGUUUGUGGUGUUAUUUUAGCCAUUGUCUGCAAGUGUGUACACAUCUUAUGUUUCUUUGUUUGGUUUGGGUACGUGUGGCUGACUGUAGCGCAUCAUUGCUACUGUGUAGUUCUACCAGAAAACAGAUUGGAGGCACCAAAUCUGCAGCGUGAGACAUAAAAUAUAAUUCUAUAGACAUAAAUCUAUGAACACUGAACAGAGCUGUUAGUUUUCCAAUCUUUGUUGUUUCUUGGUUUUGAAGUAUAGUGAUAAAGUGUCUCCUAUUACAUCUGUAGGCUUAAAAAGUUGUGUGCACACAACUCUAAAGAAGAUUCUUCUGACGGCUUGCCUGCUGUGCUGCCAGCGUGCGCCGCAGCAGGAGCCUUUCCUUAUUUCUGUCUUUCUCUCUUGAUCUUUCUGAGGCAUUAUUGAACCUGAACCACACCAGCUGAAAACAAGGACAGUGCCUUUAGUUUUAUAUGUCAACACCCCCGACUGACCACGUAACAUUAAAAGGAAUUUAGCGUCCCUUCUUGCAACUCUAUAAAUAAAGCUCUGCCUAUCAUGCGUGCACAGGGUUGUAGGUUAUAUAAAGCCUUUCACAAAUACCCAGCAUUGAGUAAUAUUAUUGCCAACUUUAGAUUGUUGUUUAUUCACUGUUCUAACAGUAAUAUUGCAGAUCUGAUAACAGGAUCUAUAGCCUUGAUCCAGUAAACUGUACUCACAGAACACGUCUUUCAUUGGUAUUUCUCAGCACCCUGACAUGUUAGUCACAGAUUCAGUCUUAAAAUUUUGAAAGCCAUCUGAUUGAAUAUCAUCUUAGUCAUGCAUGAACCAAGCCAGCUAAAAUAUAACAGAAAACUAACAUAUAUUCCAAGAGAGGUGUAUCAUUACAUCUGAUUUAAGCCGUGAUUAAUCUAACAUGGACUCUAAAGCUCUAUCAGUGUUAUCUCAGUUGUAAAUGUUAGAAUAAUUGCAGUACCACUUCCAGCCAUAAGUGGCAACACUGAGCACUUCACUCAGAGAGAGUCCUGCCUACAAAAGUAACAACACAAAAAGACAAAACCUCUCUCAGAUGAAGUAUAAAAAUGUAAGAACUAGUUUCUCUAUUGUCUUCAAAUUUUGUGCCAACAUUCAUGGUUCCCAGAGGAUACGUCUCAAAGACGUUUCUUCGACAACAGUUCAAACUCUUGAUCUGUCCUGUGAAUAGAUCCCUCAACAGGCUUUAAAUGGGAAGAUGUAAAAUGUGCAGCAAAAAUUCAUGGAUCCAAGAAGAUGUGCCCUUUUGACUCAAGUAAUCCUCUGACUUUUUCUCUAGUGCUACCAGGAGUUUAUAAUGUAGUUUAAGAUGAAAAGGCUCACCAUUUUAUUGUUUGAUUGCAAUGGACAUUUAUUUUACACUUUUAUGUCCUAUCAGGAUGAGUUUCAAUCACAUGAUGACUUUACAAAUCCUCUCAUACCCUCUUCAGGUCAAAAUUGCAAAAGUAAAAUGUUCAACCCUAUAUCUGCGAUAAACAACAGUGUGGGAGAAAUACUAUUUUUAGAAAGUAAGCAUUCAGCUCAAUCAGAAAGCUGCUAGCUUUGAGGCAAUUUGUUCAUACUCAGUCGUCUGAUCCAUUCUUUUCAGCUUUAAUAACCCUUGAAAGGUUUCCUAACAUCCCCCCGACCUUUUUUUGGGGGGGACAUUCUACUGUAAUUCAUUUUUCAAGUUGAUCUCUGACUGAAAUGUUGAAGGUCUGCGAGAUAUCAAUGCAGAAACAUGAUACAGCUCUGGAUCAGGGCAAAAAAGCACCAACGGUUCAACAAGGCGUGAGUACUAAAAACAGGUUACAACAAGUAUACUAAAAAGGCCAAAUGAACAGCAGAGUUGAGUAGGCUCUCCAUUAUAAUUGCUUUUGAUUCAACCAGAGCACCCUAUAAAUGUAUUAGACUGUUUUGUACUAACACACUGAUCUGAGCAUGAAGAAAUAGUGAUUGAAAAACGUUCUCCUUGUGAAAAUGAAUCCAGCUGUCCCUCCAGUGUCAGCUCACAAGAGCAUCGACACCAAACUGCCCAUUCUCUGGUGUAGCCAAGAAUCCAAUGAUACAUUAACAGGAUUAUUUGUUAACUGUGCAUCUCAUAGUGACACAGCUUGCCUUGCCAUUGCUUUGACCUAAUUGGUUCACAUGUGGAGAGGAUGAGUUCCCAUUGGCCCACAGUUUGUUUCGAUUGGCGUCUGUGACAUUGACAGCAGCGAUGAGGGGGGACUGUCAUUGUGUGUGGUACUGUAGAAAGCACAGAGGCCACACACACACACACACACACACACACACACACACACACACACACACACACACACACACACACACACAAAUAUAAGUACAGACAUACACCCUCUCCCUCCCUUUGUCCUUUGCAGAGUGUCGAUCGCCCCCCCACCCCCCUCAUGCCCCUGUGUUCCCCAGGGGAGGCCAAACCUGCUGUGCCAUCAGAAGCUCACACAGUCUUUCUUCUCCCCCUCCCUCGGCCCUAAUCUCAUCAUAUCUCAAGCUCUCGUCUCCCCCCCUCUCCCCUCUUCUCCCGCCUGUAGAACUGCCACACCACCAGGAUUAGUAAUAUUAAAACUAUUCUGUUGAUUUCAGGCCUGUGACCUUCCUCAAAAAGUCCUCCCUCGUUCUUCAGACAGCCUUAUUAAUCCUUUUUUCCUCUCCUUUUCUUACUUUUCUCUCUGACUAUUCAGACGUGAUGCUCACUGUCCUGUCAGAAAUCCUGCAUAGGAAUGAAGCAGGGAGUAAAUGUGCCAAAGCGAGGUCAUUUCAAUGGCAAUAUUGCUGCCGGUAUCUUUAUUUGGGGAGGAAUAUCCUGUAAGAUUGCAUCUCUUUUCAUGCUUCCUCUUCCUGUUACUUUAGAGCAGUUAUAAGUGCAGGAAACUAGUUUCAGAUCAGACAAAGACAUUUCAGUUUACUGUCCAUAAAAAUACAAUCGCAUCCUGAAUUUUUUAUAUCCCAUCUCCGAAUCAGAUAGGAAACUGGAAGAAAUGCAAAUGAGUUCUUUCUUUAUUAUGAUUUCUCAGCAAGCGUGCAGCGCCUGACUGUAUCUCAAUAUGAAUCCAUGAAGAUGGCUACUGCCUCAAAGAAACCUGGGGGGAUUUCAGCAUCACAUCUUGACAGCAAUUAGUGGCACAAUCUGUUUCAUGCUUGCUGAUAUAACUAGGCUCUGGACAGAUCUCAUACUGAAGUGAUACAAUGUUCUGUACAUCUUAAUAUUAUUCAACUGUGGAAGAGGAGACGUACACAGGACUCAGUCUAACAAAAAUCAGCUGUGCUUUUUUUAAGCAGAUGUUUCAAUCAUAAGAAAUAAAAAGAUGACAUGAUUUUUCACCUUACUGUGGCCUUUCGUGUAACAAUCUGAAGUUUUUUUGUGUCCAUGGCUUCCUAUCUGGGGUGUUAAAGAGAUAUUUAUAUCUGUAAUGUUUUGGUACACAAGAAGAACAAACAAAAGACGGGAAGAAAUGCAUCAGAAUGCAAAGACGAAUUAGGUUUUAAGGAUUCAGCUUCUUCAAAAUCAAAUGCGACAAAAAGAAAACAUAUCUGUAACAUUCACCAAAGCCUGUGAUGCCUGUUUUAAAUGAUAGAUUCUUGUACAAAAAAUAACGUAUAAAAUAGCAGAAAAGACUUACAGAUACAAACACAAAAUGAAGAUAAGAAAUGCCUUCAAAUAUUCUGGAAGGGAGGAAUUUUAAAAAAAGUAAAAGAAAAGCUUCUUUAAGAAAAUGUGUAUGUUUUUUAUUCAAUUUUCUAGUAGUUGCAAACAAAACUUGGUGUUUUUUCUCUUUGUGUGUUGUGUGUUGUCUUAAUAUUUGAAUGUAUUUUACUGCAGUGCGAAUUUGCCAAAGAUAUCAUAUCACUUGAUUUCCCUCUCUUUUACUUUUUUUUGUUCUUGAAUUGUUACCAAUUCUGUUAAGAAAACUGGAAAUAAAUAGUGAAUUUGAUGUUAUGAUUAUUAUUCAUAUGUUUUAUUGUUAAUAAUAUUGUUAUCUUAUUUCCUGGGUUCAUGUGAAAUAUUAAAUUGCGGUUUGCUUGAUGCAUCUCCUCAUACUCAGUAUGUGUACCUGUUCAUCCGUCCACCUGAGUGACUGUUGUUGGUGAAUUUAUUCCAUUUAUGUACCUGUAAUGUGAAGCUAAGAAGUAAUUAUUUGUAAAUAUUUGCCAUAAUUUUAUUGGUCCUUCAGAAUAAAAAAUAAUUUUUUGGAA